UCAGUCCUCCAGCGAACGCCAUCGAGGACUUGUUGAUCCUGUGCGGAUUUACUUGCCGAAAGGGCUUCGAUCUCCUGUCCGGCCGAGGCGUUCCAGGCAAGCUGAGCCAGAACAACACAAAUAUUUUCGUUCCGAACAUUAAAAUAUUUUCAACAACAUGAAGGCGUGUACGGCGAUAAUAUUAGUGCUUGUAGCAAAUACGGCGUAUAUCGGUGUCGAGGCGUGGGGCGGUCUUUUCAAUCGCUUCAGUCCUGAAAUGCUAUCUAAUCUCGGUUACGGUGGUCAUGGGAGUUACAUGAACCGUCCUGGAUUAUUGCAGCAAUCGCUCCAGGAAGGAUAUAACGGCUUGUAUGGAGAAGGAGGCGAACCGUCGGAAGAACCUUGUGACGAAAGGAAAUGUAUGUACAACGAUCACUGCUGUCCAGGUUCUAUUUGCAUGAAUCCCGAUGGAGUUGUAGGAACUUGUGUCUUCGUUUACGGCAUGAAACAGGGCGAACUUUGCAGAAGAGAUAGCGAAUGCGAAACUGGUUUAAUGUGCGCCGAAAUGCCUGGACGUGAAACAAAAUCGUGUCAACCGCCGACCACCUCGAACAAACUAUACAAUGAGGAAUGCAUUAUGUCAAGCGAAUGCGACAUAAGUCGUGGAUUAUGUUGUCAACUGCAAAGGCGACAUCGACAAACUCCUAGAAAGGUUUGCUCGUAUUUCAAGGAUCCUUUGGUUUGCAUCGGCCCUGUAGCGACGGAUCAGAUAAAGUCCGUGAUCCAGUCCUACACUUCAGGUGAGAAACGAAUCACCGGACAGGGCAACCGUUUGUUCAAGCGAAUGUCGUUCGCUUAAACGCUCGUGGUACCUGACAGCAUGAUAGAAUGAGAAGAAGUAUAUAGUAAUGCAAGAGAAAA